AUGCAGCGACGUAUGUGUCAUGAUCGUAUGGCAUGCAAAAAAAGUGACGAAGUUUCUCAGUACAGAGUACUGAAACUGAUGCAAAAGAAUGACUUGGUUUCGCUACUCGCUCUCGUUGGCGAGAAUCAUUCCUCUAUUUUUAUGACUGAGUUCGGGGAGCUCCUGGCAGGAUCUCGAAAUGUCAGCAUUUACGCAAAAUCUCAAUAUGAGGCUUCCAUGCUUCGAUUCUGCCUGCCCGGAGCUCAUAUGUUUCCUGAAGAGAAAACUCUUAACGAGAUCGCAGUGAUGCGCUAUAUCUACGACCAUGCCUCAAUUCCAGUACCUUUCAUAUUCCAGUCCUCAGCAAUGCCAUGGAAGGCGCCUGAACCCUUCAUCCACAUGGGUUAUAUUCAACAUCGAUUCACCCUCAACGAUGCCCUGAAUUCACCGGGCCUUACAAUUCGAGACCCCCCUAUUCUCAAUUCACAGAUAGAUGAUAACGAGCUCAGGAAUUUAUAUGGGAAGAUGGCAGAUAUCUUGCUUCGAUUAUCUGGGCUGCCCAUGUCCCGGAUUGGGUCUCUUGAGCAGAUCGAUGAUUUCACAUGGGAGGUCAAUUAUCGACCCUUGUCACUGAGCAUGAACGAAAUUGUGCGAAGUGGAACACUUCCCCGAGAGGAGCUGCCGAGACUCGAAACCACUUUCGAUACAUCAUCUGCAUACUUCAAAGCCCUUACGGAAAUUCACAUCAAGCAUUUUGCACAUCAAAGGAAUGAUGCGAUCGAUUCUGAAAUAGAUUGUCGGCGAAAGUUUAUUGCCCGACAGCUCUUCCACAAACUCGCCCAGGACAAUAAACUAGUGACACCAUCGCUCAAAAACAGAUCGUUUACACUAUGGUGCGACAGUCUAUGCCCUGCUAAUGUUCUUCUCGAUGACGAUCAAUCCGUCGUCGGCAUGUUGGACUGGGAAUUUACAUACGCCGCUCCAGCCGAAUUUUCUUGCUCGCCGCCUUGGUGGCUUCUCCUUGAGCGACCGGAAUGGUGGCCGUUAGGCCUUGACAGCUGGUCAGAGACAUUUCAGUGUCGCCUCAAAAUAUUCCUCGAGGCCCUAAUUGCGCAAGAAGAGAAGGCGGUCCAAGAAGGUUGGCUGACUGAGGAGCAACGGCUCUCAGGUCCAAUGUGGCAGAGCUGGGAAAGUGGUGACUUUUGGAUUUCAUAUGCAGCAAGGGAGAAUUUCGCCUUCGAUGAAAUCUAUUGGACACAUAUUGAUCCACGGUUUUUCGGACCAACAGCUAAUCCAGAAAAUGCUUGGAAGCAUAGACUCGAUAUGUUGAGCGAGGAGCAAAAAGAUGAAAUGGAGCGGAUCGUGGCUCAAAAAAAGGCAAACAUGAAGGAAAAGAUUCUGGAAUGGGACCCAGAUGAAAACACGAUAAAGUGGCAAGCUGAAUUUGAACAAAAGAGGUCUUCACCUUCUCAGGAAGAAGAAAUGAUGGCAGAUAAAGAUGAAAUAUUCAUCCAAAGUUAUGGGAAUCUGAUCAAGUUACGGCAAUCAUUAACACAGAAGAAAUUUUCCGAGCAUUCGAGAAUGUGUUGA